UCUCUCUCUCUCUCUCUCUCUCUCUGCCAGCUCUAAGGACGUGUCUCAUUCACUCUUGCUGCGUAGGUUGUGAGCAAGGGAAAGAGAGGGAGGAGAGACAGAGAGAUAAACACACGGUCAAACAAGAGUAAGAGCCAGACAGAAACAGGGAAAGAGGAAGAAGGAAGGGAACAGGUGAGAUAAAGGAGAGGAGAAAUAGCUGACAGUGAGUGAAAGAGGAGAGGGACAAAGAUAAACAAAGAGAAGUCCAUCUGUUUUCUUUUUGGCAGAGUGGCAGAGAGGUAGAGCAAGAGAGAGAGAGAGAGAGAGAUAGACCCAGCAGAAGCAGGACUCCUGUACAGUGUGUUGUGUUGGGACCUUCCUCCAGGGAGCCUAGCGGAGCAGAGCCUGGUGCCUGGUGAGAGAGUGACCCACCUGGGACACAGACACAGCCAUGGAUCCCUCUGCGUCGGCUGAAGUUGGGGACGAGUGCAAGGAGAGCAGGAAGAUCCACUUUGCUGUGCAGUCCUCGGCACCCACCCAACUGGACCCCCGGCAAGUAGAGAUGAUCCGGCGUCGGAGACCUACACCUGCAACACUGUUCAGAGUGGCAGACCAGGGUUCUCCUGAGGAUGAUCAGUCUACCCAUCAGUGGGUUGUAGGAGAGAAUGGGGUACUGAAGCCCAAGCGAGUCAACCCAAAUGUGUAUCAGCCACCAUCCCUGAAAGCCGUCCAGAAGAUGGCUGAGGCACACAUGCAGAACCUGGGUGUCUACCCCCCCUUGGAAGAACCCUUUGAGGGGGAGGAGUACAACGACUACCCCUGUCAUGAGGAAAGGGAGGAAAGAUUCCCCACCAAAGCUGCUGAUCCCCAAGUGACCAGCACCAUAGACCAAUCAGAGAAGCCGGAUGAAGAGGAAGAGGAGGAAGAGAAAGAGAAAGAAGAGGAGAAAGAGGAGGAAAAGACAGAAGAAAAGACAGAGGAGAAGGCAAAGAAAGUGCGCAAAAGUGUAAAGUUUUAAGACAACUUUGAACAAAAACAAAUAAAGGGAGAGAUGGAUGGUUGCAGAUGUGUGAAUGAUUGAGUGAAUGAAUGAGUGAUUUUAAUGUGUGAACGUGUGAGUGAGAAAGAGAGCUUCUAAGUAUGAAUGGUAAAUAUUACAAUUAAAUGAAUGACCGAAUGUAGGUAGGUACUGUCGGCAAAUCUGUGAGCAAGAAAUCUAUACAUUAUUAAUCUAGAACGAGAGAGAGAGAGAGGGGGGGAUAUAAUGUAUACUAGACAGGGCAAGGUCAACAAGGUCACUGUGACCUUGAGGUCCCUCACUGCAACACUAGUCUUCUCUUCCAUGUCAGGGGAACCAUUCAUUCACUUCUCACUUUCUUACUUUGCUCUUUAAUAACUACACAUGACACUCAAAAUAACUGUAAAUGGACAAAUGCUGAUGAACAGCUUUAGUAUAGAGCACACACACACACACACAGAGGAGAUUUCAUCAGUCUCUGACUAUCGGUUCAGACUACAUUCUAAAGCUUCUCCAUUACUGUGCAGAUAUGAUAAUACAGACUGACUCCCAUAUGAGUUCCUUUCAAAAUCACAAAGACCUGUAUUAUGUGUACUAAAUAUCUCUGCAGCAUAAUCAUAUUGAGAUCUUGUCCUUGGAAGAAGUGAGCAGCUACUGCCAUCUUGUGGCAAGAUAGGGGAUGUAGAUUAACCAGAAAGUAUUUAUCAAUAUGGAUUUAUAGACAAUAGACUGUGCACUGCAUAGGCCUUCAGAUAAUAUGCAUCUAUAUAAUUGAAAUGAUCUAGAUUUGUAAUGUAUUCUAAACAUUAAUUUGUGAUGCAUUUAAAGUUAUUUUUGGUGCCCAUCAAAGGUAUUUGUGUCAAUGAUGUACUCUGGGUGUAUGUGAGGAUGCCAUGCUUUUGUAAAAGUAGUUUUUUGUGAGGAAACAAAAUGUAUUCAUUUUGUAUACAGAAUCAGAAUCUUAUUGUUUGUUUGUCUGUUUGUUUGUUUAAAUAAUUUCCUGUGUGAAGACGUUUUAACCAACUUAGCUGUGUAUGGUCUCUCUCUGUUGAACAACUAUCACAACGUUUAGUAACCUUUUAGUCAUGGCUUGGAUAACUGUGUUUUUCUUAUUCUCAUGGAAAACAAUACAGACAAUAAAAUACAUGGUGAAUCUCUUUCUCUCUCUUCCUGCUGAAAUGGAAUAAUACAUUUGAAUAUUUAAAUAUUCACCUUCAGAAUGUCAUUUUCAUCAUGUACUCAUUGAUAAUGUCAGUCUAAUAAACAGCUUUCUUUUUUUCUAUCACAUCUGUUCUCCAACUGCAGGAUUGCUUGGGUCAGCUGAAUACAUUUUGAUAGUCACAGUGUAAUUGUUUUGAUUCUCUUUUUGUUGGACAAUUGAACUUUUGUAUGCUCUUUUCUCUUGCCUGGGUGUAUGGGCUGGGCAGCCCUUUAACGUUUUGGGACAUAUGGCACCUACUCCCUCCAUUCUCUCACUGUCUGGCUGGAGUGAGCAUCCUCUCCUUCUCGAAGUCUCUCUAUCCUCCAUGGUCAAUAGACGAGUGCCAUGGAAAGACUGAACUCUAAUCCACACUAUUCUUCUUUAUUUCACUUUUUGUUUUCAUUCUUUUUUUCUGUACUUGUUAAAGAUGUAGACAUUUCAAUGUGAGCAACAAUAACAAUAUCUAAAUAAACACAUGUUCCUUAUUUGAAAUGA